AUGGUGAGUAGAAGUCUUCUGUCGCCGGCCCAGUCGUCUGUGGACGCGCUGCGCAGCGUUUCGUCCAACAUCAACGCGUCUAGCGGGUCUGUGGCGGAGUCUCCUGACGAGCCAGAACAAAACGAGUUACUCACGUCUCAAUUUAGAUCAUUGUCGAGUUUGCUCGAAACAGUCACCAUGAGCACCCUCAGACGUCUUAUAAACGUCAACGUUGACUACGUGGGCGAAAGAAUAUAUCCGGAGGACAAUUUGGACGGAAGCAUGGACACCGACUUUGCCAGCUUCGUUCGUAGCCUGACCACCGAAGACCUUUUGCAGCAUGCUCUGGGAAACCAGAUGGAGCUCGGCCGCACAUUGAGUUUCUUCAGAGCGUUCAGAUUCGACAACAGCUCCCAUCUGGGCUACAACUCGUCUUUGCACGAAUUUGAACGUCUGGUGCCUGUUCUGAUAGUCGGGGUGGUAGGCCUCAAUGUUCCUCAAGCGCAAUCGGAGCACUAUCGAUCGUGGGUGAUCAUUGUGAUGGCACACCAUUACUCGGCCUCAGACCCGGUUCUCAGCUCCAUGGCCAUAUUUAUAGGACUUCUGGCCAGCUAUGUGGCCAGCACCAGCAACAUGACACUGGCCCAGCACGAUGACAAUUCCGACACGCGGAUUAGCACUUUCAGAGACUCGCUUUAUCGGAUAUUCCGCGGAAACAAGCUCUCGCAGUCCGUUCUGGACGAUCACACAGAGUCCGUCUUCGACAUCCAAACUACGCUCGACAGGUGUCCGAUAUGUCUGGUCGACUACGAAAUGGGCGAGCAGGGCCGCCGUUUACAGUGCGCGCACGAGUUCCACAAAGACUGUGUUGACCAGUGGCUACUUACAGACAACAGCUGUCCGAUCUGCCGUCGGCGUGCGAUUGAUACCGAGAUGGAAUUCUAA